AUGCGCCCAGUCGACUUUGCAACCCAACUCAAUGUUUCACUGAUGAACGGUUGGGGCAUAGUGAGGACUGUCGUUGAUCUUUGCCUCAAGCACCCAGAAGGAAAAUAUGUGCUGAUAAAGGACCCUAAUAAGGCUGUUAUUCGCCUAUACGCUGUUCCUCUGGAUGCAUUUACUAAGGAAGAAGAUGGGGAUGAAGACAUUGCAUAUGAGGAGGAUGCAGAAUGA